AAGCAGAAAGAAACCUGGGUGCCGUAAAUGUUAAUUUUUUAUGCAUGAAAUGUUAAACUAUUUUUUUAUAUUGAAAGAAUUGAUGCUGACAGGAUUUUAACUUUACUUUGAAUAUUACUGGAAGAUAGUAACUACUUGCUAAAAAUUUUGUUGUUUAACAAGUUUAAUGAGGAACAAAUUUUUUUUUUAGCAUGUCGGGUAAAAGUGAUAUAUGGAAUCAUUUCAUAAAAAAAGACUUAGGAGCCUUAGGAGGCACAUGCAAAUAUUGUCACCAGGAAGUAAAAACUAAGGGAAACACAACAAACUUGCGUAAUCAUUUAUUAAGACGCCAUCCAACAAUUAAGACCGUAAGUCUCAAAAAGAAGAGUGAAAGUGGUGGUGGUAAAUGUGAUAAUGCACAAAAUGGUGAUCCAAUGUACUGAGUUUGAAAAAAAUAAAAAUCAAUGUUCAAUAAAUCAAAAUAACUAUGUUUUCUUUUUUUAGGUUGAUGAUACGACGUUAGAUAUUGUGCCAGUUCCAGAUUUGCAAAAUGUUGAUAAUUCGGAUACUGAAAGUGUGGCUUUCUUCUACUGCCUCUACAUCAGUCUUAAAACAGCAAACAUUGACUUCUUGCUUAACAAAUAUAAAAUCAUUCGGAGAUAAUGGUGUUAAGCGUGGUCAAAUAACCAAUGCAAUAGUCUUCAUGAUAGCAAAAGAUGGCUUACCUCUGAAUACUGUGGAAAAAACAGGAUUUAAUUAUUUAAUGAAAGUAGUAGCACCACUAUAUAAAGUUCCAGCCAGAACAACAAUCACUUACAUGAUUGACGAUAAAUAUGACACCAAAAUGACAGAAAAAUGGGGCAUUACAAGUAAUAAAGUGGUAGCGUUUAUCACGGACAAUGGCGCAAAUAUCGUUAAAGCUGUCACAAAUGUUUAUGGCAAAAAUAAACACAUGCCAUGUUUUGCCCAUACAUUAAACUUAGUAGCAUCAAAACCAUUUGACAAUAAGGAUGGACUGGAAGAAGCCAAGAAUUUACUAACAGCUGUCAAAGAUAUUACUACAUAUUUUAAGCAUAAUACAAAUGCUGCAGACGCUUUAAAGAAAGCUCAAGAUCACCGAAAAAAGCCUUUGGGGGCUGAUUCAGUCUGUAUGUACCCGAUGGAAUUCUGUUUUUUAUCAAUUGGAACGAUUUGUUGAGUUAUCUGAAAUUAUUGCGCCAAUAUUACUCAAGUAUCCUAAAGCACCGACAAUGCUAACUGCACAGCAGUUAGAAUUUAUAAAAGAUCUUAUAAAUAUAUUGAGACCAUUAGAAGUAAUAACUAAAGAAAUAUCGGGAGAAGACUAUGUUACAGCCAGUAAAAUUAUACCAAUCGUAUCUUGUCUGACUGGAACAUAUAAUACGAUGAAAACUUCAACUGACAUUGGAGCUAAAUCAAGAACUUUAAUUAUGGACGGUUUAAAGAAAAGAUUUGGAAAUAUUGAACAAGUUCAUUUGUUAGCUGAUGCGAUAAUUUUAGAUCCUAGAUUUAAAAAAAAUCAUUUUACUGACCAUGUAGCCUGUUCUCGAGCAAUAAAUAGAAUAAAUACUUCAAUUUUAGAUAUUCAAUCACAGCAACAACUUCCACAAAAUAAUAGUGAAGAAUUCGACGCAAUAGAAGGGACUGAUUUAGAAAAAGGAAUUUGGGAUUUUCAUAAGUUGCUUGUCAAAAAGCAACUCUCUACAUGUAAUACACUUGCACUGGAAAGUCAAGGCUUAAACGAAGAGUUUAAACACUAUUUAUCACAGGCAGUUGCGCAUCUAAAGUAUGAUCCUAUACUUUAUUGGCAAGAACAAAAAAACUCUAUUUAUCACCAUGUUCACUCAAUAGCCGUGAUCGUAGGAUCAUCUGUUCCCUGUGAGCGCCUUUUUUCAAUUUCCGGCAACAUCGCAAGUGAUGAGCGGAACCGCUUGGAUCCCAUUAGACUUGACAAAUUGUUGUUUUUAAAAAGCUUAGAUAUGAAGCAUUGGGAACUAAAAGCUAUUGUUAUCUACUCUCUUAACUUUUUAAUGUAACAAAUACAUUUAGAAAAUAAAUGUCUUCUUUUAUAUCUGAUCUGAUAUUUUGAUAUGGUAAUAAAAAUAAUUGUAAUUAUCGAAUUCCCUGAACUAAUAAAAUCCUGAUUUUACUGAUAAGAGAUCCCAGAGAUUGUUUAUUAUGGUAUCAUUUUUGUUUUUCAUAAAAUGGACUUAUAUUUACAUUGUAAAUACAAAUUUGAAAAAAAUAGAUUUUUUAGAAAUCGAUUUUUUAGACCUCGAUUUUUUUAUGAAUCGAUUUAUCAGGUUACGAUUCGAAUCGAUUUAAAAAUCGAUCUUUUUUGGAAAGAAUCGCCAUCCCUACCUCAAACCAACAACGGAGGAUUCACCACCACGUGAAGAACCCAUGUAUGACAUCGGACCGCAUUCAACGUUGGUGUCGCUUGAAGAUGUCCAUACACAAAACUUUGACUUCGGAGGUUUCAUUCCCAUCGUUGAAGAGACUUAUGAAAAAAUCCGCGGUAUAGACCCGCGACUAGCCGAACGUUUACCACUUUCACUUUUCACACACGUUUCUUGUAAUCACCUCAAUCUACAGGUUGCCGAAGUAGCUCGCCAAAAUGGACAAAAUAUACUCGGUACAAGAACUGAUCUUCGUGAAGUCUUACCAGAUUAUCAGUGUCUACCGAAGACGAUAACAAUGUUCUAACGCAAACGGGAGUUGAUCUAAAACUUAACCUCCCUCAGCUCGCUAUACCACAGGGUCCAAUUGACGAUGUACCAUCUGGAACCUUCGGUCCGAUUAACGCGACGACUCAUAACGUAUAUGAAGCGUACAUUUGUCCUCUGGUCACGGCAAAUCGCGUAAUCGCCAGCCAACAGAAUAAUUCUAGCUAUCAACCACUACCUCAACAAUUAAUCCCAGCUAAUCUGACUCCAACACGUAAUCUAUUGAGAUUCGGGCCUAUCGACGCCCAGAAUCAAGGAGUCCAACAACGUCUACAGGGUGUGGUGUUCCCAAAUGACGCUACUAUAGAAGGCAGGUAUAAAGUAUCAUUUUGAACCUGUAAUAGAGUUUAUACUAUCAUGUCUGAACUGAAGGACCGUUUUAAGAUGACAGAGCUAAAAAGACAAGAGAAUAAAGACGGCCUUAAUUUAAAAAAAAAGCGCUUGGUCAUUCGUGUCCGAGCCGUAGCACAGUACGGAUUUCUCUGGAACAUCGUUACGCUCCUCGUGAAAUAUACGCAGCUCACCAAGUUCUCGUGAAGUUUUGUUUCGGAAGUCCAAACAUGGGUCAUCGUCAAGAAAUUAAUAACCGUGACGUCAGCAAUGCUGCAGCAAUGCUUUUAAAAACAUUCCGUCAGCGUUUCUCCUCCGUCAUAUAUUUUAUAGUAAAAAAAGCGUGGAGUGCAUGGUGUUAUUAGUUAUAAACAUUUUUCUGACAGAUAUGAGUAGAAGAAUUAUUAUUUCAAUAAUAUCUUAAAAAGCACCACACGCUUUUUUUUUUUAAAAAAAAUAUAUAUUUUUUACACUAUUUUCAAUUUAAAUUUAUUAAAAUUUAUUUUCUAUUUUUUAGUUGAAUUUUAUAUAAAGCGUGUUUUUUAGUUUUUAGUUUUUUUAACCUAUUAUUUAUUUUUAAAUGCAAACAUGUGAUUUAUUCAAAUUGCAUCAAUUUUUUUUAUUAUUUUGUAUAUUUAUCCUUUUUCUCAAUAUAAGCACUCAAUAUUUUUUUA